UCCGGCAUGCCGUUCUCUCACGAAUUGGAAUAAAUUCGUCGUGUCGCAUAGAUAAGAGGUCUGAUAUCGUAAACACUCUUAUAACCCGACGGUUCAGUAAUUAUAGCACGUUCUUCAACAGCCUAUUACCGUAUCGAAAUGGCUCUCGUGUUUCUCUCCCUGUUAGUGCUGUUCGUUGGUGCUUCGGCCCAAGUCCCUGGCUUUGGCACAUGUCCUGAAGUGCCUGUCCAACAAGACUUCCAACCAGAUAAGUACACUGGUAUUUGGUAUGAGUACGAACGAUACUUUGCCAUAUUCGAGGCGUUCGGAAGAUGUACAUAUGCCAACUAUACCCUGAAGCCUAAUGGGCGAAUCAAUGUUGUCAAUACCUUAACCAACUCCUUAACUGGGUCAACUAACGCUGCCCAUGGCGAAGCCUACGCGCCCGAUUCCAGCAGUCCAUCCAAACUAGUCGUCCAGUUUGACCAGAGUCCAGUUCCAGGCCCAUACUGGGUACUAGAGACCGACUACGAUCACUACACCAUCAUCUACUCAUGCUCUAAUAUCACAACCAGUAUCAUUCCAACGAAGGCUGAGAUUAUCUGGAUCCUUUCCCGUGACCGUGCUGGACCUGGGGCAGAGCUUGUUGAGCAUGCCGAGGCCUUGAUAGAGCGCCUGGGGCUCAGGGUACGAUACCUUAUGAAGAUCGACCAAACGAACUGCCCUAGUAUCGAACACCACUAGGAAUAUUUGGUCACAUACUGUUAGUCCAGUCCAACUGUGGAGAUCUGGUGCUAGAAAUGAUGAUUAUUAUGAUUUGAACUUCGCCAUCAGUCACCCCGAAGAUUAUCAAACGUUUCGUAGCGAGUGAUAUAAAAACAGCUAUGCCAAAGAAAGUCAUGUAUUGCAA